GUAACCGCCAACCGGUGAGCACGGGCGACGCUCUGCAGGUUAGAAAAAAAACAUUUAUUGAUAUUGACUAAUGUCAGUCCGGUUACAAACAUUACAUAAUGCUGCCAAAAGCUAAAUUUUGUCAGUGUUUAUGAAAACUGGUGUUUACAUUAAAUGUGGCAAGUGUUGAUUGAGAUCGCCAGUGUGCGAGUGACAACAGCUGUAUCUGGGAAGGUGGCCAACGUACAAGUGAUGCUACAGCUGUAUCUGGGAAGGUGGCCAACGUACAAGUGAUGCUACAGCUGUAUCUGGGAAAGUGGCCAACGUACAAGUGAUGCUACAGCUGUAUCUGGGAAGGUGGGCAGCACACCACGAGCAACGCAGCAAGAGCUCUUGUGUUGGAAGGAGCAACACACAUUUCAUCACCUCGUGUGUCCUGAAGGGGGCUACCUCCUUCACACCUCUCCUCUCUCAGGCUCGUAAAUUACAAAGGUGGAUUUAUGGCUUGCUUUUUGAAUUGCACAGUAACUAAUGACUUAAUGAGCUGUGUGUGUGUGCGUAGAUUGGAUUGGAAAUAACGCUGUAGUUAAAGUUUGAGUGACUUAGUGUAGACAAGUUACCAAAGCUGGCCUAGUUGUUGAGGUGUUGAGAGAGACAGAGGAGCCGGCGCGACCGUAGAGAGGGGCAUGUCGCGAUCGGCAUCAGUGUCGGUGCCCCGGCGAGAGCUGUAUGUGGUGCCGGAGAGGCGAGCAUCGCUGGAGCUGGAGGACGCGCCUCGCCACCUCCACCUCGACCAGCCGCGGGAGUUCGAGUCGUGGCCCUGCGACUCUUUCUUCCUGCUUCCGGAUGCCGUGCUGGCCAUGGAUGCCGGGGCGUUCCGUGCCGACCUCAUGUCCCUGGACCCAGCACUCUCGGCCUCCCUGCCUGACUGGGACCUGCCGGGGCUCACAGGCCGCUCUGCCUCCCCCUCACAGGAGUUGGCCCACCACACCCACUCCCAGGGGUCCCACCUGGCUCACCACCGACCAGACCGCCGCUCUCUCACGCUGCUCGACCAUCAUCUCGGCCUCACCGUCCACACCGCGGGACACGGCACUGUCCUCAUAGGUGGGGGUGGUGAUGGGCGGGAGAGUAGUGGUGGAGCCGGGGCCGGUGCAGCCUCUGCCAAUGGUCACUCCAGCCAGCAGAGCCAGCAGCCACAGCAGCAGCAGCCUCAGCAGCAGCAGCAGGAGCAUCAAUCCCAGUCAGCCGCCACCAAAAGGAGCCCAGCCCAGAAGGGGCAGGUGUCAUUUUCCCUGACGACGAACGACAUCGACAUAGGCGAGGGCGGGGUGGAGGGAGGCAGCCGUGGUCCACCAGUAGCAGCAGCAGCAGGAGCAGCAGAUGGCACAAGUAGCCAUGGCCUGCCUCCUCUUCCCCGGGGUCACAAAGACCGAUGGUCGUGUAGUCUGGACACCACAGAUUCUUAUUGGUUUGCACAAGAUGAUAACACACCGCCUGGUAAACAACAUAGAGCUUCAUUGGCAGGCCCUAAUGACCUAAUUUUUGGAGAAGAUGACAAGUCCUCUGGUCUGUCUUACAAAGACAGAGAAGAAAGGCUGCGGCAGCUGAGGGAGAGGCAGCAGCUGGAGAAGCAGCAGAAGCUUGAGGAACUCAAGGAACAAGCGGCAGCAGCACAACGUUUCCGAGAACAACAGGAAAACGAAAGAAGGCGACGCCUUGAAGAAAUGAGGUUACGGGAUGCUGAUCGCCGCUCACAGGUAGAGGAACGCAAGCGAAUAAUUCAGCAAGCUGAACAAGAUCGAAGAGAAGCUGUGAUAAGGAAGAAUGCUGUAGAAUACCACCAGAUGAAAUUGGGACCACAUAAACCUUUUACUAUUGACAAUGAGAACAAGACAUUAGUAAUGCAGGAGCGUGAACAUCGCCUUGAAUCCAAACGACGCAAUGAAAGGAGCAACAUUGUGUUCGCAUUUGGCAGCUCUACCCCUCGGAUGCUGGACCCCAAAGACAACUCUACUAAUGCAUCAUACUGGAGCUCACGCAGAGCUACCUCAACCACCAACGUUCAUCUUGUGGAUGCGUCCAUCACACGACGUGCAUCAGAGUGUAGUGACAUGGAUCUGAGCCGAAAGCGAGCAACUUCAGCACAGAGUCUUGACAGGAAACCAGAAGACCUGCGUAUGUCAAGCUCGAUGUAUGAAGUGUUUCACUGGGAUGAGAGCAGCAGCUCUCACCAAAACCAUCCUCCUACUACCCAAGGUGAAGACCUUAUGACAAGAUCAAUGACUGCAGCCAUCCCAGCCUCUGCAGCAAGACGACGCACAGACUUGAUACCAGCAAUGCCAUCUCUACGUGACUCGACAGGCGCCAACCGUAGCAGUCCACGCCACCGAUCGCCAGGUAGGGCGUUGUCUCUUGGGCGGUUGGAUGAACUGGCCCGCCCUCGCCACCGCAACCCCCCUCUUGCACCCCUGCAUGAGACUACCCCUUCCUCCGUGCGCAUGAGUCAGCCUGCCCGCACCAUAUCCAAGAGCAUGUGUCACCUGGGCCCACGACCUGCUCGACCCCAGACUCUGGAAACGACAAAUGGCCAAUUGGACAGAGGGGUCUCCCGCAGCUCUGUCACUCUAGUACAACCACGCAUGACUCGUGCCGAGAUACUUAGGCAGAAAAAACUGCGGGGAAAUCCCGUGUCCUCCAGUACUGACAGCAAUAGCAGAAAUACGAAGAGUACCUCUCCAGGUCAAGGCAUGCGUAGUGGGACAGUGACCCCGAAUUCUCCCUCUCGUCCUACCUCUGCCCUGAGUCAAGGGUCAAACAACAGCAGUCAAGUCUCUCUCAGGUCAAGAACCUCUCCUCGGAAACCUCGCCCACUCAGCAUUGCUGGAUCUUCACUGUCUUCUGCAGAUAAACCCAGAGAUGGAGCUACACUAUCAAGGGAAAGCAGGCCCAUGGAAAGGAAAUUGUCAGUUGGAGCAACUCCAUCCACAACCAAACCCCUACGAGCCAAAAGUGCCGGGUCUGACAGGAGCACACCUGCCACUCCUGCUCGCACACCUGUAAAGACAUCCACCCCAAAGAAAACUCCAUCUCAAGUUAAAGCUGAAAGUGCUGCUAAGAAAGCAAUAGAAAAAAGUAAAACAACUCCUAAGAGUAAACCAAGUCCCAAAACUCCAUUACAAUCCCCUGCUGUAGAAAACAAGUCUCUUCCUGGAGUCAAAGAAGACAAAAAGAAGGCCAAGGAAGACAAAAAUUUAGAAAUAAAAUCUGAUGAACUAAAUGAUAUAACUGAAGAUAGUAAUAUUAAUGAAAGUGUUGGUGAAACACCGCCAAGAGAAAAAAUGAAUGGUGCUGAUUUACAGUUAGAGGCAGUAGUUGCGGAUGUACAAGUGCAACCAGAAAAAGAUGCAGGUGCCAAAAUUGAACAUCCAUCAGAGGAUUUACAGGCACAAGAUAAAUCUCCAGUAGCGGCACCAGUAUCUGAAACGAAGCAGUUAAUUGAAGAUUCUGUAAAAUCAGUCGAGCCCUCUAUUAAAGAAAAAGAGGUUCUAGAAGUAUCGGCUGAUACUCCAAGUAUUCCUGUUGAAUACAAAAAUGUAGUGGAUGAAUCUCCAGAUAAAGUUUUACCAGAAGAAAACCUUAGUUCAUCAGUAAUUGAAGAGAGUUUAGACAAGCCAGUUGAAGAUAAUAGUGGAGACCAAGAUAAGACCUUGGCCCAGAAAGCUGCAGAGAAGCCUGUUACUGGUUAUGCUACAGAAGAGGAAUACAAAGCAGCCCUAGCAGAGAAGCGAAGACUUGCCAGGGAAGCUAAAGAACGAGAGCUAGAAUUAGAGCGCCAGAGACAACUUGAGGAGGAAGAGCGUGAAAGGAAGGAAGAAGAGGAGUUCCUUAAGAUGAUUGCAGAGCAGAAAAAAGCAGAGGAAGAGCGUCUCAGAAAAGCUAUAGAAGAAGCUGAUCGUAACCGUAUAGAAGAAGCAAAGAGGAAAGAAGAGGAAGAAAAGCAAAGAGAAGAGGCUGAACGUCUAGAAAAUCAAAAACGUUUAGAAACAGAGGAACGUCUGAGACGAGAAGAAGAAGAACGACAAGCUCGUAAAAGUCGUGUGGCAGCCAUAAUGGCUAGGACACGAGGCAAAGGAGGAUCAAACACUCCAACAAAGGCUGAGGCGAAAACACCCUCGGAUGAAGCAAAGCAUUUUGGUGAUGGAGAAAUGACCACCAGUAUGACCGACUCCAUGAUCUCUCUCGUCACUGCUUCCGAGAUGCAGUCUGAGCCAAAAAUUGACUCUCAGCCGGUCAUUUCUACUCCUGACACUCCAGCUCAGCUAAUUAGUGAUGUAGCUUCACAUCAUUCUAGUGAUGUGUUACCUAAACCCUCAGGUGACUCGUAUGCUCCGCCAACUAGUGACGUAUCUAUAAAGACAGUUCAUGACGUGGACAUGGCUUCACAGAGUCACACUACUGAAAUAGUUGUUGAUUCUAAAUCUUCUGUUGAACAGAAAGUGAUGCAUUCUAAUAUUGAAGUGACCUCUACCACAGAAAACUAUCAAGUGGACGAUCUUAUUAGUGGCAUGUCAUCAGUUAAGGUGGAAGAGCCACACGUAAAUGGGGAUUCCCCAGUGCCCAUGGACACUACCCCUACUCAAUCAGUUGACUUGUUGGGAUCCCUUAGUGAUGUACAUAGUGUAAAUCAUAAUGGAGUAGAUAAUACACCGCCACACACCACUCAAGGGACGGACAACCUUCUGGGUUCCUUAGACCCUCUUGACUCAUCUCUAAUGUCUACCACAACCAUCACACCAGCAGCAUCAAACUUUGAGCAGAUCAUAGACUUGGGCCAAACGAAGCUCAGUAAUGAAGAUGCAGUGAAUAGUAAUCCACCUUCACCAUUUAUAGCAUUUGAGCAGAAUCUGAAUAAGAAGCAGAAUCAAGAGAAUACUAGCACAGUCCCAGAUCUGCUGCUGUAAAUUUCUGGUUUUGUUAAUAUGCUCUAGAAUGUGCGAGUGUUGAUUGUGAUUUUAAGAAACUUGUGAUAUUAGCACUGGACCUUAAACACAACCUCACAUGGUGGAGGAGCAGGAAAACCUCACCCCAUCACUUGUCACGUAUUUGCGGGUAGGAUUAAUCCCUACUACCUCUGCUCCUGUUGUGGCUUACGUGCAAGAUAUUGAGGAUCUGUAUUGUUAUAUAUAAGAAUUUGGCCUGUCCCCAGUCAAAAAAGGAAACUAGUUGCCUUAAUUGGUUUUUAGUAUCCAAAAUUUAUCUGCAAAAUUAUAUAUUUGAGCGUGCAGAUACGUGCACGAAUGCUGACCAGUUACUGGUUAUAAUCCUCAAGGUGUAAUGUAUCACUAUAGUCUUCUCAGAGAUCUGUCUUUCCAAAGGUUAGUAUCCUGUAGUUUGAGCCAAAAACUGCUUGCAGAUGUAGACAGACAAGGAAAUUGUUAUCAUGACUGUGUUAUAGCAGUGUGUUCUGCGCUCCAAAAUAGAUAUAUUAAUUCUAUGACAGUAGAUUUACUGCAGAAUGUGCUAGUUACUAUUGUGCUAAAAUAUAUGCUAAAUGAUUGACUAUUCAUUAUAUAUAUAUAUUAUAUAUAUACUAUGUAAUUACACAAAUACAAUCCAUGUGGAUCAAAUUACGAAGACCAGCAUUUUAUAUACAUUGGAACUGUUACAUACUGAAUGGGUGCUAGUUGGUGUAGCAAGCUUGCCAUGACUAAUAAUAAUGGAUUGCCUUCAGUCUUCUCAUUGUAGACUAUGCAUUAAUACUGCAGUGCAUUGUUUCUGUGGCAGAAUCAGUCAUUAAGAACAUUGACUUGUUCACAAAGGCUACCAUCACAUUUUGGGUCUCCUUGGGGAAAACAGUUCACUUAUUAUGGUCAUUAACCAGUCCACAUGAAAAUCUCAUGUGCAUAGUUCAUUCUAUAAUUUUGGAAGCAUUUUCUGUAUUUCGUUUAGGUAAAAACCUCCUGGGCUUGGUGAUAACUGAGAAGUGAUGCUGGUUGACUACUCAUUGAAGAACUAUGGCUGCUACUCACAAGUUAUAGUAAAAAUGUAUUUUAGACUUGUUAAUAACCACUAAUAGUACUAUAUUCACCAGCUCUACUCCAUUCUAUUUCUUUGUGACAUUGUGUUUUUCAAUUAUUUACUUUUAUAGAAAAUAUGUAUAAAGUCAUGUAUUUUUAGGUAUUAGGAAUUGCUUUAAUAAGUCAUGUUUUCCCAACUGAGUAAUUUUAUUUAUGUAGUUUAAGGUUUUUAUAUUUGAGUUGCAUUUACCCAUGGUGCACCCAACUUCUAAAAACAAUAAACAAUUCUACAUGAAAGUUGGCUUCCUUGCCUCUGUUAUAUAUCAUUUAUAUUUUAUUAUAUGCUCAAAGACCUUAACAUUUGACCAUUUGCUUGUAAAUCUGAGUUUCAUGUCUAAUUAUUGAACAUGAAAAGAUACAAGUUAAUUGUUGAUAAUUCGGAGGUGAUGUCAGGAUUAUUAAUACCUAUCUGCCACCUCUCACCUUGUAUCUUAAGCCAUUAUAAACCUAAUCCUGUACACUAAAAUUCUUGUAUUUGUAAAAGUGCUAUAUGUGGUAUAAACAUUUAUCAAUCAAUGAA